UGAGCAGUGAAAUCGAUCUGGAGCAGCUGGUAACUAGGAGAGGGGAACUUUCAUCUUCACUGCCUUUUAACUAGACAUAAUGGAUGUUACGCUGCUGCGUUGAGGGCAGUGAGAGAGAUGCGAGUCGAGAGGCCUGCUUCGUGAUAUUGAUAAGAGAGAGGCUUGAGAAGACGGCACGAAUCGCUUCUUCUCAGUGGCGUCCUGCUCAACGGAGAGGUGAGGACACUUUGCAGAAAGCAACUACAGGCAGUGUGCAUCAACAUGUGUUAAUGAACCAUCAUUGGAGCGAUAGAUCUCAGCGCGUCUAGCACGGCCUUCUCUGCGAAUGUGGCCGCGCGGGAGCACCAACCAGAGGAGUUGAGCUGUACGAGUGGCUGAGAACGCUUCUAGGCACCCCACUGACAGCGUCAAUACCACACCGGGCACCUUCUGGCGAACACCAUUCUCUAAUGGUAAAGCUUCAAGUAAACAUGCAUGCUGCUCGUGUCUCGUUCACCAGAAUUCUCAUGCAGAUCUGAAUCUUAAAGUCAAACAUGCGCUAUACUUGGAACGUCAAAUCGAAACGGAAAAUAACACCUAGUCUUCAAAAUCUUAAUUGGAACUGACUUUUGUUUGUGAAAACUAUUACAUGUCGAUCGGAUCGAAGGUUUUUGCGACGGAUGGGUUUAAAAUACCAACCCAAGUCCAUUUCCGUGUUAAAUCUGGAAUGUUAAUUUUUUUUUUGAAACCUGUUUUAAUUCAGACUGGAUUCACCGGAGCCGUCAUACGCCUGAAUUGAAUGGAAGCCAGUGCGUCAUAUCCUCAUCAUUGAUUUGAUGAAUUGCUCUGACAUUUUAAACAAUAAUAUCAGUAUAUUCCUGGCCAGUUACAAGUCGACAGAUGUUGUGAUUCCUAAACCGUCUGAUGUGUGGCAUAGCAAACGCCGGUUCAGUUGUUAAGAGCAUGACGGGGUAUUGGUGACGUGCUUCUGGGACAAGUACAGAGCAGUGAAGGGAAUGUCUGUCACUCAAACAACAAUGAACAACACGACGGAUGAAUACCAAUACGACUAUUCGUCGUCGGUGGAGACUGUGCCGCCGUUGGCGGAGCUGAUACCAGUAGCCACGUUGUACAGUCUCAUGUUGAUGUGCGGUAUGCUUGGGAACGUGCUCGUCAUCUUCUCCAUCUUACGUUAUCGACGCAUGCGCAACAUCACCAACACCUUUCUUCUGAGCUUAGCGUCGGCUGACCUUUUGCUUGUGGUUAUCUGCAUACCUGUGAAGUUAGCAGCGUUCUUCUCAUUCACCUGGACCUUUGGGGAGUUUCUGUGCAAAAGCGUCCACUAUCUUCAGAAUGUGUCUGCCAUCUGUUCUGUGUUUACCCUGACCGCCAUGAGUCUGGAGAGAUAUUACGCCAUCAUGUUUCCGAUGAGAGCCAAAUUUACAUGCACUGUCGGGAAGGCCUGCCGGGUUAUAGCCGUGCUGUGGUUGUUGUCAGGUCUCCUUGCUGUGCCCAUAGUUUUCCAAAGAAUCCACAAGGAGGUGGGGGUGUACAGGAAGGGGUACUGGUGCGUGAAGGACUGGGACCAGACGCUCUACAGCAGGCUGUACGAGCUGUUCAUGCUGUGCAUUAUGCUAGUGUUCCCAGUAGCUAUCAUGACUUUCGCCUAUGUCAGCAUCUGUCUGGAGUUGUGGAUAAUGACCACCAGGAGAUCCGCAAUGAGGAGUGGCUUAGUGCUGGACACAGGGACGUGCCGGACAUCGCACUCAGCUGACAACAGCCCCUACCAUGUAACGUCAGAGAAGACCCCGGUUGUGAAGAAGCAGAAAUUCUCCACUGAUGAUGAUGCCACAAGGAAACAGGUCAUCAAGAUGCUGGUAGCAGUCAUCCUGAUCUUCGUCGUUUGCUGGGCCCCUAUCCUCAUCAGCAACGUCUUGACUGCGUUCCGUGUAAUACACCAUCUCAACUACGGUUACCUGAAGCCGAUGAGACAGACUUUCUACCUUUUAGCUUACGCAAACAGUGUUAUGAAUCCCUUCAUCUACGGUUUCAUGUCGAAGCACUUCCGAGACACGUUCUACCAGUCUUUGUGUAUGUGCGUCAAAGGCAGGGAGUUCCAUCGGAGGAGUCGUUUUCUGCGUCAAAAUUCCCAAAUGACACGGUCAUCACACGCGGCUUACUGUGUUCAAGACAGUGUUCAGAUGACGCCACUCGAGUCGCCUUAUGGAGCUUGUAGACCAGAAUUUGUAUGAACGUUGUCAAAGGAUUGUUGCGGACGUGUGAUGUGGUCAUAAAUUGGACAUAGAUGAAAGAAUUGUAACGCUUUGAUCUUUGGUGAUCAUCUCACAGUAAACUUGAUAGCUGGGUGAGACAUUGUUCUUGAAACAAGCGACCUCGCAUGUUGAUGAGAGGAGACUUCAAUACAGAAAGAGAUUCCCAAAAGAGGGGAAGUUCCACGGAACUAUGUUUCGUAUAGGCAGUAUUUUGGUGGAUGAGGAAUGGAGAAUAUUCUGUCUAUUAAUCAUGUAGUAAGGAUAUAUUGGCAAUAUUUGAUUGAACCACCUUACGUGUAACAAGGACACCCCGAAGAACAUUUUACAGAACAUUUUACAGCAUAUAUAUGACCAAACAAUUGUGUUUUUAAUGUAUCAAGAAUGAAAUGUCCCAAGGAUUCAUUAUGUUACAUGUGUUGUAAUUUGCCCAUUUUAAAGGGUCUUGCUCUUGUCAUAGGCACUCUCGCCAUGACAUUAUUUGUACAUACUUGUUAGUAUAAGAUUCGUAUUGGAGAACCAUGAUGUGAGCAUACACGCAUUAAAAAUGUUACUAUGUUAGCAUUAUAAAUUUCCAUCUAUAAUCAUUAUGUGAUUUUAUCAUUUCUUGUGAAGGAUAACACAUUUUUUUAUAUCUAAAUGGAUACAACCUUUUUACCUUAACGGUGGGAUAGCAAGGUGGUUUUGGCAUUGGCAUAAACUUGUUUCGCUGCAGACCCGGUUUCGAAUCCGCACAUGUGUACACUUUGUGACGAUUAUUUAUUUAUUUAUUACGAUGUAAUAUUCCUGGAAGCGGUGGAUUCGAACCUACCUGGUGGGGCAAAACCCAACAUCAUAUGCUUCUCGUAAAGGUCGACUAAAGUUUGUUCGCUUUUUUGUUUAACGCCGCACUCUGCAAUAUUCAAGAAAUAUGAUGGUGAUCUGCAAAUAAUCGAGUCUGGACCAGACCAUCAAGUGAUUGACUCCAUGAGCAUCGAUCCACGCAACUGGGAUACGAUGACAUAUAUCAAUCAAGUUAGUGAGCCUGACCACCCGAUCCCGCUAGUCGCGUCUUAUGACAAGUAUAGUCAUCUUUUACGGCAAACAUUUGUUGUCGACUAAAAAGGGGUGGUCAUACUCGAUGACUUUGUUGAUAUGAUGUCAGCCCUAAUGGAUUCGAACGUUGGUGGCCAAAUCAACCGCUGGUUUGUCUGCUCCAGUCUCGAUGAUACAGCUAAAUAUUUCUGACUGUGAAAUAAAUAAACAAAAUCACAAUCCAUCACACAUUGCUGCCUCUGAGUUGUAAUUACAA